AUGCAGUACGUCCAGGAGUUCUAUCAGACCGUUCGGGACAAGUGCUUCAAGGUCUGUGUGACCAGCCCCGGCAGCAGCCUCAGCAGCGGCGAGCAGAAGUGUCUGUCCAGAUGCAUGGACCGCUAUCAAGACGCCACCAACGUGGUGACCAAGGCUAUCGUUGGCAUGCAGGGAGUGCAGUGA